CCUGUUGCAGUGUUCCUUCUUUCUUAUGUUCUUAUAAACUGCUAUUGACCUAAGAUGGCCUUGGGUUAGCUUCCUGUGACCUCGAUUCACACACCAAUAUAAAUGUUCAAUAACAAGAAUGAACGGAUCAAUGACACGGUGGAAGUAGACACCACAGGUUCGAAACGAUAAAACUGGGCUGUUUCACGUCACUGGGUCGAGGGCUAGAGAGGAGGAACCAGGAGAUGCACCGCAAACACAAAUACACCAUUACCUAGUAGUAGAGACAGCAAAGCAAACCUUCAUUGGGAAAACAUUUCGGUCACAAGAGAGCUUUUUCAAGACGAGCUUGAAACAUGAUUGAGUGAAACAUUGUCCACGUCAAAGUUUUCUCUGCAUUACAAAAGGUGUAAGCUUGGUUCUCCCUUUCAAGAAACUCUCUUAAUUUGUUCGAGUCCUGCACAGUUAGCUAAGAAAUUCCAUACUAAUAUAUUCACGGGGAAGCGCUAAACUCGUAUUGGUCGUGCAGGACCUGGGGGAAUGGGAGGUAAUAAGGUUGAAGGAAGGACCAUAGAGUUCCACUUGCUUGGGUCAAAAAGUUGCUCACUAGAAUUUUCACACACACAUAUAUACAGGACACGACCCUUCUAUCCGACAAUUAUCACUACUGCUGACGGAAGUGGUUCUCUGCUACUGCUGCUGUUGCCGCCGCUGCCGCUACUACGACUACUACUGCUGCUGUUACUAUCACUACUGAUGCUGCCCCUUCUACUGACUCGGCCACUGCUUCUGUUGUUGUAAAUCCUGCUGCAACUCGUGCUACUAACGGCGACCACGACGCUACAGAAGUCAUUACUAUGAACAUCCUCAUCUCACUACAUUUGCUGCUGAUGAUGCUGCUGCUUGGUGAGACAAGUGAGGCGAGGGAUCCUGCUGGUCUGGACCAGCUGACUCGGUGCAUUAAAAUUGCUGAGCCUUUGGUCAAGGAUUCUGACAACAUCUUUCCACUUACUAUCCGCGAUAUUGAGAGAGUCUGCAAGUUGUGGGAUGAGCUGACUUACUGUGUGAAGGACUACACCCUCACCUACCUCACACACACACAGCAACUCGAGUUCAACCUUGCCAUCGAGAGCUCCAUAAAGUCUGCCAACCAACUGUGUGCUGACGACCCAGAGUACCGCACUUCUUACGUCAUCAACGCUCCGUGUCUGAAGAGAGUGUCAAUCAACACAAGUCUGUGUGGUGGGCAGUAUAACUAUCUGGCAGACCUCGUCCAGGGAUUCCAAGCUACCGAUGCUCAGAUGUGCUGCGCACACCAUAAGUUCAGAGAAUGCGUGUUGGACCAGACUCCGAGGGUGUGUGAUGAGCCUGGGGGCCACCCUGGGUCUGCCUCCAUCUUCAUGAAGUCCAUGCUCGACCGAGCACUCGGAUUCCUACUGCAGAAAUGCAAGAACUUUGUGCCCAACGCUCGAGACUGUCCCCGGGGGAACUUUGGGAAAGCCCCCCACCCCACCAAUCCCCAACAGCUACAACAAACCAAAAUAAAUUUCAAGAAGGGGUUCCCCUGUGGAUGUCCUGAAUUCUCCAAUUUUGCGUCCGAAGUCAGCGGCUUUGGCUUCAGGAACGUCAUUCACGAUGCUGGGGCACAAGCUACAGCCUCACAGGUGGCUGCCAUCCUGCAGCAAACAGCAGAGUAUAUAUACCAGCUUGAGCAGGAGAAGACUCGCCUCUUGUCUCAAAACUGUCAGCUUAAGCGCCAUCUGAAUCAGCAGCAGCACCAUGCAGAUGUUGAAGCUUUAGUCUUCACAUUCUUUGGAUCCAAUAUCUUUGGCCAUUAUCCAUGA